AGGAAUUGCGGAGUUUCUUUCUCCAGGGUUUGGUUAGAACAGGGCAUUCACAGUCAACACAGGAAUCAUGAUUUUAGGAGGGUUGUUGUUGUUGUUGGUUAGUGUGAAGGGUGGGGUGGAGGAGAGUAUUGAUAGAACAGCUGGAGAAAGACAGAAACAUGAUCAAAUUCAGGAUUACCAGGAUGAGAUACUAAAGGCUAUGAAGGAUUCUGGAGUACUUAAUGAGUGGAAGGAUAAGCUGGAUGAUCUACUCUAUCAGGGAAAUGAGGUUGAGGAUGAGGGUAAGGUUAAGAACCUGCUAAAUCCUCAGGAGGAGAGCAUGGUGACCUCCUUCGUCGAGGCGUACACCCAGGAGAAGAAUAUCGACGUGGAACCAAGCACUAUUCUUGAUAUUGUAAGACGAGUACAGAAGACCCCCUCCCCCAACCUUGCCCAGAUAUUUGUUCAGUUGUCUCCCCUCAUAGACGUAGUCUCCGCUAUCCAGAAAAAGACGACCAAACUCCAGAAUAUAAUUGACCGACAAGCUCCAGUGUUUGAAUCUCCCGCCAAAACUAAGGAUAUUCUUCAUACUUUAACAGAAAAUCUUAAAUCUGAAUUGGUUCGAUUAACCUUGGAUAGUGCUCCUCCAAAGGCUAAGACGAAGACGAAGACAGCUCCCCCUCCCCCUCCUAAAAAGAAGGAAAAGAAAACUGGUUUAGAUAUCUCAGAUUAUCUAUCUCUAGGAAGUACAUUGCUGAAGGGAGGUAAUGCAGGCACUAUUCUUUCCCUUCUUUCAGGAGAAACUGAUAUGAGUAGUAUGAUGAGUCUUCUGCCCCAGCUGAUUGAGAACGGAAACUACAAGGAUCUACUGAGUAAGAUGGUUCUAGGAUACCUUGAAUCGUCUCCAUAUGGUGCACUAAUUAAGAAUAUGAUGCAGGGUUGGCUGGACAGUGAACAGGGUAAGAGUAUAAUCAGCAGUGGAUACAAGUACCUGGAGAUAUUUGUUAAAUCUGAAUCCGGAGCAAGACUUACUAAAAUCCUGCCUAAACUUCUCCAAACCAAGGACAUGGAUGCAGUUCUGAAGUUGGUUCAUGAAGAGGCAGAGUUCAACUGGUCCCAGGUGUUUGAGAACAUAGAGAACAGUGAUUACAAGGAGAAGAGUCUUCAACAAUGCUCAGAGUAUAUAGUAUAUGCCUAUGAGUUUAUUACCUCCCCUCCGAAGGGUAGUAUGGCGGCCAGAGCUCCAAUUCUAAUGAACGGAGUACUAAUGUCAAACGGUGUUCCUCCGUUCGAUUCAAAUAAACCAGUUGAAUCCAUUUCUGCUAUUCUAAAUAAGGGAAUAAAGUUAUUUUCAACAUUAAAACUUGAUGUUACACCAUACGUUCAAGUAGUUGUUACUGCAGCUAGCCAGGCGUUUGCAAGACAGGCGAAGGGAAACAGUUUCUCUGAUCUUGAUACAACACAGAGAACCCAUCUUCUGGCUCGUCUAAUAGAUGCAGAACUAGUUGAACCUCUACAGGCUGUUUGGAGCGUAUACUCCCACUCGGUUAGAAACCUAGAUUGUGCUUCUCAUCUACUUUGUCAGGUGAACUACCACGAAAGAGAAUCUGGAGUUGAAUCCAGGAUUGGUUUAGUGAAGCUGGGCAGUCUGGCCGUCAGCUGGACCCUGGCCCAGGUCAAGAACAAGGCAGGAGCCAACUACUGGAACCUUUACAAGGUAUUCAAGAAAAAAUGUAUAAUACAUCCAAACAUUUUUUAAC